AUGACUCUGGACAGCGGGCGGAAGGAGCUGCUGUGGAAAACGCUGAUGGAGCUGGGGGAAGACGACUUCAAGGCCUUCAAAUUCUUCACGGACCUGCCUCAAAGGGUACUUGACACCCCCAGCCCGGUGGACGUUGCUUACGAGAUGGUGAAGAAGCACGGCGAGAAUGCUUUGGAGGAGACCAUCAAGAUUCUAAAGAGGAUCGGUAACAAUAACUUGGCUGAGAUGUUGCGUUGCAACGUGCUUGAAAUAAGAGGCACCGUCUUCUCAGUCCACGAUGACAAUGAUCAACUUGCCAGAUUGAAGGCAGACCUGCAAAGCAACCUGCAUAGUUUAUACAGCAUUGUUCCCGAGGGCAACACCGAGCGAUGGAAGCAGCAGCCUCUGGUGGAUGUCUACACGGAGCUGGAUGUCAGCUACGGGGCCAACGUCAGUCCCGACGAACGGCACGAGGUCCUUCAGAUGGAGACUCGUGCCGCGGCGGCCAGGGAGUCUAUCUUGCCUUGUGACAUCUUCAAAAGCCCUGACGGGAAGCCGCGACCGAUACGCACGCUGCUCACAGUCGGCUUCGCGGGAAUCGGAAAAACCUUCCUGGUUCAAAAUUUUGUGUGCGACUGGGCCAGCGGGAAUACAAACCAGGACGUACACUUCAUAUUUCCCUUCACCUUCCGCGAGUUGAACACGGACAAAGGGAAAAGUUUUACGCUGGCCAAGCUCAUCCGACGCUACGUUUGCGAGAGUAGGCACAUGAGCGAGGAGACGUUGAACAAUAUAUUUGCCGAACUGCAGACGUCCGGGAAGCGGGACUACGAAAGCAGCAGGAUCAAGGUCUUGUUUGUCUUGGACGGAUUGGACGAGUGCAACUUCAAAAUGGACUUGAAGAAUGAAAUGAAAGUAGACAUGGACGUGACAGAGGCCUACCCUCUGGAGGUGCUCCUGGCGCACCUUAUCAAGAGGAACCUGCUUUCCUGCGCCAGGAUUUGGAUCACCACGCGGCCCGCGACGGCCCACGAGAUCCCCUCCGACUUCAUCGACAGCAGAACAGAGGUGAGAGGAUUCAGUGAUUCCCAGAGGCUGGAGUACUUCAUGAACAGGUUCCCAAAUGAAGAUCGCAUCAUCGAGUACAUCCAAAAGUCUCGCACCAUCUUCAUCAUGUGCCACCUGCCCAUCUUUUGCUGGAUCACCUCUACAAUUCUACAGGAUCAUUUGGACAAAGGGAAGGUGGGAGAACUUCCCACAACGCUGACCGAAUUGUACUCAGAGCAUGCCUUUCGCCACCUUGACACGAGCAAGGAGAGACAGACGACGGAGUAUGCCUGUGACGUGAAAGCGCUAGCAAAGCUGGCCUUUCACAACACCAUGAGUAAACGUCAAAUCUUCUAUGAGAAGGAUCUGGCGGACUGCGGCUUUGAUUACGAACAAGCCGCAAAACACUGCGGAAUAUUCACCGAGGUGUUCAGGGAGGUCCGUCCGCUCAGAAGAAACUUACAAGGCAAGAUGUUUCAGUUCAUCCAUCUGACCAUCCAGGAGUAUAUGGCCGCAUUCUACGUGAUGAUGAGCCUCUUCCACGACAACAAGAACGUACUGACUGAUUCAGAGCUGGAACCGGCAGGUGUUUUCCAAGAAGAAGAAAAAUCAGAAGAAUUAGAAGAAAUAGAAUCAGAAGACGAAGAAACAGAAUUAGCAGAAGAAGAAAAAGAAGAUGAAGGUUCUUGGAAAAUCACUGAGGUCCUAAGGUCAGCUCUCCAGAAAGCCUCGGAGAGUGAAGGAAACCUGGACUUGUUCCUUCGCUUCCUCGUUGGUCUUUCCUUGCCGUGCAACCAGGAAGUAGUGGGUGAACUGCUGAAGGCCCCUCAGUACUGCAGGCAAAGCAAGUCAAAAACAGUCAAGUUGAUCAAGGAAAGGAUCAAACGGAACACUCCAGAGAACAACAUCAACUUGUUCUACUGCUUAAACGAGCUGAAGGACGACUCCUUGCUGAAGCAGAUCCAGAAAGAAAUAGUCUUAAGUUUCCACUGGGAAGACAUGCCAGAUUAUAUGUGGUCUGCCCUGGCCUUCUUACUUACCAACGACGAAACCUUGAAGUCCAUUUACCUGUCGGAAUACGCCCAAUCACCUUUGGUGCUCGAGAAACUGUUGGUGGUUGUCAAGGCUUCUCAAAAAUUAGAGCUAGUCGAAUGUUACCUGGACAAACGCAGCUGUCACCUGCUGGCUUCCGUCCUCAGCUCUCCCUCCAACCUGAGGCAUCUGGACCUGAGUCUGAACGAUCUGUCGGACGAGGGGGUCGAGAUCCUCUCGAAAGGAUUGACCAGUCCUCACUGCAUCUUACAAUUCCUGGGGCUACAAUGCUGCGGAAUGACGAAGCAAGGAUGCAUUUUGUUGGCGGAGUCUCUCAAGUUAAACCCCUCUCAUCUUCAAGAGCUGCACCUGAACUUCAACAAUCUGUCGGACGAGGGGGUCAAGAUCCUCUCGAAAGGACUGGCCAGUCCAUACUGCGUCUUACAAGUCCUCAAGCUGUCAGAGUGUGGGAUCACGGGGCGAGGAUGUGUGUCGUUGGCCGAGCCUCUCAUGUUAAACCCUUCCUAUCUUCAACAGCUUUAUUUGAACUUCAACAAUCUGACAGACGAGGGUGUUGAGGCCCUCUCGAAAGGACUGGCAAGUCCACACUGCACCUUACAAGUCCUCGAGCUGUCAGAGUGCGGGAUCACGAAGCAAGGAUGUGUUUCAUUGGGGGAGGCUCUCAAGUUAAACCCCUCCCAUCUUCAAGAGCUGGACCUGUGCUGGAACGAUCUGUCGGACGAGGGGGUCGAGAUCAUCUCGGAAGGACUGGCCAGUCCACACUGCAGCUUAAAAGUCCUCCAUUCGGUGCUACGUACUGUCCGACGAUCUCAAGAGCAUCGGGUGUCGGCUCAACAUGCACAAGCAGCUUCGCUCACUGAAUUUGAGGCGGUCCGCCCGUCGGCUUUGGGAUGUUUGCAGCGACGCCGCUACUGGCAGGUGGAGUUCAAGGGGGAAGGUGUCACCGAAGGUCACACCCAGCGUGCCGUGUCUGGGAGAACCGGACAGACAAGUCGUCACUCUGACAGGAGGAGACGAGGCGACGACAAGGCCGCGUAA